GCGGUGGGCGGGAAGCACCGAUCCGGGCGCUCCCGCCGGACUGACCCUCCCUGCCCGGUGCCACCUCGCCGCGGCGGCGGCCUGGCCUCCGCGCCGCCCCGCCGGCGCCCGGUGCUGUGUGUGCGCGGCGGCAGCGCCACACGCCCCUGCCAGGACCGCCCGCGUGUCCCAUAAGCCCCUGCGCGCCGAGCCCCUCCCUCUCUCGCCCGGCCCGCGGUGGACGCGCCAUCGGCACCGCCACCAUGCCUGCCCUCAGGCCGCUCGUGAAGCCCAAGAUCGUCAAGAAGAGGACCAAGAAGUUCAUCCGGCACCAGUCUGACCGCUAUGUCAAGAUCAAGCGCAACUGGCGCAAGCCCAGAGGCAUCGACAACAGAGUGCGCCGGCGCUUCAAGGGACAGAUCCUGAUGCCCAACAUCGGCUAUGGCAGCAAUAAGAAGACAAAACACAUGCUGCCCACGGGCUUCAGAAAGUUCCUGGUCCACAAUGUGAAAGAGCUGGAAGUGCUGAUGAUGAGCAACAAGUCGUACUGUGCAGAGAUUGCCCACAACGUGUCCUCCAAGAACAGGAAGGUGAUCGUGGAGAGAGCCGCGCAGCUCGCCAUCAAGAUCACCAACCCCAACGCCAGACUGCGCAGCGAGGAGAACGAGUAGCAGCCUCUGCAGCACAGGUGUAUUUAAUAAAGCCUCAGUCCAA